UAUAUGUGUGGUUUGAGAGAAGCAAAAUUAAAGAGGUAUAUUGCUUCUUCUUAAUUAAGAUGGAGAAACCAACUACAAGGCCAAAAUCCAUUGUUAGCAUCUUCCACUUCCUCUCGAAGCCCACAUCCUUAGUCUACAUCCCCCCACACCCUCCCUAUAGCCCUAGGGGAGAGAACACUUGCCCCAACAAGGGCUUCGCCGUGUCGCUGGUCCCCCGGGCGGCCCGGGUUCGCAAAGGCAAGAGCUCCUCCGGCGCCGAGGAGGAGCCGACGUCGCCAAAGGUGUCGUGCACCGGGCAGAUAAAGCGCAAGAAGAAGAAGAAGAAGAAUCAGCAGCAGCAGCAGCAGCAGCAGCAGCCAUGCAGGACGUCGACGUUGCAUGCCGACCGACGAGAAAACAAUCGAAUCUUUACGGAGAAUACGAAAAGCAGUGCGAUGGCGCCGCCGACGAUGAUGGUGGCGGUGGGGGAGAUGAGGCGGUUCGCCAGCGGGCGCAAGGGGGGUGCGGCGGCGGCGGCGGCGGCGGCAGCGCUGAGGGAGUUUGAUUGGGAGAAGGUUGAGAGGGAGAUGAAGCUGGAUGCAGAGAAUGGUGGGGUGGUGAAGGAGGCAAGGAAGGAGGUGAACUUGUGGAAGAGGAGGGCCAUGGCUUCAAGACCUAUUCCUCUUGAGACUUGAGGUGCAUAAGUAAUGCAUGCUAGGUGUUUGAGUUUACUUUUCAUUUUCUUAGGUUAAUUAGAUCUUUGUGUAAUAGAUAUGUUAUAUAAGUUUUCGUAUUAUUAAGUCGUUUUUAAUGUUGAAAAUUUCGAAUCAACGAUCGGCUCCGUUUGACUUAAUUAAAAGUAUAAUUUCAUAAUUUUUUUGAUAUAGUUCACCUAAUAAUCAAAAGGACUUCAAAUCAACGGCUAGAAUAAAAAAUCUCACAUAAAGUGAUGGGAUGAUACUAAAAUUUUAGAUCAAAAAUAUUGAUCUUAGUUUACAAAUUUUCAUAGUUUGAAUGUUUUUACACCGUUGAAUUUACAAGCAGCUUACCAUGAUUAUUAAAAUUGUUGAUUUUGAACUCCUUCGUUCACUAGAUAAAUUAUAUCAAAAAUUAUAAUUUUAUUAUUUAGAUACUUCAAAUACUCUUGAUCAAAUCUAUCGGAGCUGAUUGUCAAUUUGAAAGUUUCAACAUGAAAAACGAAUUGACGGUACGAAGACCACCGUAUUUCUAAAAAUAUUUAAGCCUUAGCUCUCUCUUUUUCUCUCUCUAUAUAUAUUUGGAUCUUGUAACUAUGAAGGGAAGGUAAAUGUAAAGGUUAUGAUCAAGUAUAUAAAUGGUUAAUUAGCAGCAAAGAUACGAUUUUAUUUGUGCACUA